AUGCGUAUGUUGAAAAGUCUGACUGCCACCCUGGCCAGCGUGGGAGCCGCCAGUAUUCCCAGUGCCGGGCUGGUCACGAUGCUGCUGAUCCUGACGGCCGUGGGGCUUCCCACUCAGGACAUCAGUCUGCUCAUCGCCGUCGACUGGCUGCUGGACAGAAUGCGCACCUCCAUCAACGUGGUGGGCGACUCCUUCGGCGCCGGGAUCGUGGACCACCUGUCGAAGGCCGAGCUCGCUGAGAUCGACGCGGCCGAGAUGCUGCUCCUCCACCCGGAGGAGCUGGACUUCGUCCCCCCGCCGCCCCUCCUGACGGAGGCGGACCUGAUGAUCGACCCCUUCAAGCCGCCCGAGCUGCCCCCCCGUUCCCCGCGCCCUCCCAAGCAGAACCACCACGGCCAGGUCGCCCCACCGUCCCAGUUCACCGCCUACUCCCCGGCGCGCUCCGCCCGGUCUCCGUCGCCCCGCUCCGUCCGCUCCCCCUCGCCGCGCUCCGUCUGCUCCCUCCCCCGGCCUUUCCGCGCUCACUCGCCUCGGGUCCUCCGCAGGCCGGAGGCGGGCUACUGCGCCCUGCCCAGCCACGACAACCAGGUCCCCACGCUGCCUCGCUCCCACAGAGAGAGAGCGAGGGAUCGGGAGCGAGAGCGCCUGAGGCGGGAGAGCGAGACCGAGGAGGACGAGGAGAGGGACCGGGUCCUCGGCGAGACCAGCGACGGCGAGGAGAGCGACGACACGGCCUACGACCGGCGGCAGGCGAUGCCGCCCAGCGACCUGCCCUGAUCCGCUUCUUACCACUCCGAAAAAAGACAAAAAAAGAGAAGAAAAAAAAAAAAAAAACAUUUCCGUGCAGACGUGGAGCUCAAAUGUUGCAGAGUAAAUCCAACCGACCUGCCCCCCCCCC